GGUUUGAACCUAAAAUGUAAGGAGUUGUAUUGUCGUCCAUGUCAUUUGUGGCAGCGGUGAUGGUGGAGUUGUAGAUGUUCUUGAGGAUGUCGUCCAUGGUGAUGGACGGGUGCUUGUGAUGGUUGUCGUCGUCGUCGGCUAUGAAAGUGGAGAGGGAACAUAGAGACGACCCUCUAUGAGACAUUUCCGAAUUCGUGGUUCCACAUGUACACUUCGUUAUUGAAAGCGUUGGGCCCACAUGUACACUACACGAGCACACUAUCAGAAAUAACACAUUGCUUUACCGCAUUAAUAUUUAAGAAGACUAUCAGAAAUAACACAUUGAUUUACCGCCUUAAUAUUUAAGAACGACAUUGAUUGAUUUUGUAAUUUAACGGGAAUUUCACAAAAUAUUUGUGGUAAAAACCUUUCAGAAAGAACCCAUUUUUUCUGUGCAACCAAACUCGCUUCUGUUACUGUCGGGUUUAGGCUACAACGGCUCCGACUAUGCUCAAAUGAUACAUCGUCAUUUAUCUCACUUGCGUUCGCUCUCCACUCUCUCUUCACCGACUUCACUAACCCAUCAUCUCUUGCAAUGCAACAAAGAAAUCUACAGGCUCUCCCAACUCGGCCGAGCAACAGAUGCACGCCAAGUGUUUGAACGAAUGCCUCACCGAGACUCCGGCUCUUGGAACACUAUGAUUUCUGGGUACAUCCAAAAUGGGCAUUUGAACAAAGCCCAAGAGCUCUUUGAUUCAUUCCGAGAUAAAAAUGUGAGAACUUGGACCAUUUUGUUAUCCGGGUAUGCGAAAUAUGGGCAUGCGGAUGAAGCUAGAGCGGCGUUUGAGUCAAUGCCUGAGCGUAAUGUAGUUUCUUGGAAUGCUAUGGUUACUGCUUAUGCGCAAAAUGGUUUGUUAAAUAGUGCUAGGGAGGUUUUUGAUCAAAUGCCUGAGAGAAAUGUAGUGUCAUGGAAUUCAAUGAUUACCGGGUACUGUCGUUGCGGUAGGAUGAAUGUAGCUCGUGAGCUUUUUGAUCAAAUGGAGGACAGGAACAUUACCUCUUGGAUGGUUAUGGUUUCUGGUUAUGUUGAGAUAGGUGCGUUUCGUGAGGCUUGGAUGGUUUUUUUGAUGAUGUUGAGGAGCAGUGUGAGGCCAGACCAGGCCAUAAUAGUUGCUGCCUUAUCAGCUGUGAUGAGGUUAGACAAAUUGGAGUUGAUUGAGAGUUUAAGGGUACUGGCUUUGAAGACAGGGUGUGAGAGCAAUGUGGUAGUGGGCACGGCAAUAUUGAAUGCUUAUACAGCAAAUGGAAGUUUGGAAGAUGCGGCGAAGUUUUUCGUGAGAAUGCCACAAAGGAAUGAUUACUCGUGUUCGACAAUGAUUGCUGCAUUUUCGCAGUGUGGUAGGUUGGAUGAUGCCAUUGCAUUGUAUGAGAUAGACACUGAAAAAGGUGUCGGUACACAGACGGCAAUGGUAACUGCCUAUGCUCAGAAUGGGUGGAUUCACGAAGCAAGGCAUAUAUUUGAUAAAAUUGGAAACCCUACUGUGGUUGCAUGGAAUGCCAUGGUAGCAGGGUAUGUCCAGAACAGAAUGCUUGAAGAAGCAAAAGAUAUAUUUUCCAAAAUUCCGGUACCAAAUGCUGCUUCAUGGGCAGCCAUGAUUUCUGGGUUUGUCCAGAACGGACAAAGCAAAGAAGCUCUGGAGCUCUUUGCUGUGCUACAUAGAUCAGGCACUGUACUACCAAGUCAUUCAAAUUUCACAAGUGCUCUCAUCGCAUGUGCAAAUAUCGACGAUGUUGAGAUGGGGAAACAAAUACACUCGCUCGCUAUUAAAACAACGUACCAAUUCAAUUCAUUUGUAGGAAAUGGGUUGAUAUCCAUGUAUGCAAAGUGCAAAACCACAGAUAUAUCACAAGCUUCUAGGAUAAAGAGAGUGAGAGACACAGUAUCUUGGGUUUCAGAAAGUUGUACGUUGGAUGAUGCUCGAAAAGCUUUUGAUCAAAUGCCAAAACAGGAUGUCGUGUCAUGGUCUGCUAUUAUAUCAGCUUAUGAGCAAUCCGGACAAGGAGAUAUUGCGUUCAAAUUGUUCCUUGAAAUGUUAUCCAGGGGACUGAAACCAAACCAAUCAACAAUAACCAGCCUCCUCAGUGCUUGUGGAUACCUUGGUGCAACCAAGCUUGGGGAACAGAUUCAUGCCUUGAUACACAAACUUGGACUGGAUUCAUGUUUGUUUGUGUGCAAUGCUUUGAUAACAAUGUACUUCAAGUGUGGAAGCCCCGAUGGCCUUUGUAUCUUUCAAGAGAUGCCUGAUCGAGAUAUUGUCACUUGGAAUGCUGUUUUGACUGGGUGUGCUCAAAACGGAUUAGGCAAAGAAACUGUUGAAGUUUUCAAACAAAUGGAAACUACUGGGAUUUCUCCGAAUGAAAUUACUUUUGUAGCACUUUUAUGCGCUUGUAGCCAUGCUGGGUUAGUAGAUGAAGGACGGGCUUAUUUCAAUUCCAUGAGCCAACAUUAUGGGAUUACGCCCUUGGUUUAUCACUAUACCUGUAUGGUUGAUCUCCUGGGUAGGGCAGGAUUACUUUCUGAAUCUGAAGAUCUCAUUCAGAGCAUGCCGGUAGAACCAGAUUUCGUGAUUUGGGAAGCACUUCUUGGUGCCUGUAGGAUCCAUCGAAACACUGAACUUGGCCAGAGAACAGCUGAAAGGCUUUUCCAAAUGGGAACACGGAGAUCUGGAACCUAUGUUUUAUUAUCAAAUAUGUAUGCAUCUAAAGGCAUGUGGGAGAAAGUGCGGGAAGUAAGGGAAAUGAUGAAAGAUAGGGGAGUGACCAAAGAACCCGGAUUCAGUUGGAUUCAGAUGAAUAAGGUUCACUAUUUUCUAAUGGGGGAUAAGGCACAUGACAACAUCAAAGAGAUAAACCUGACAGUAAAUGAGUUGUACAAACGCUUCCGCGCAACAGGUUAUGUGCCGGAUACUAAUUUUGUUCUUCAUGAUGUGGCAGAGGAGCAAAAAGAGGAUGACCUUGUAUACCACAGUGAGAAACUUGCUGUUGCAUAUGGAAUCCUGCAGACACCAAAUGGUAGUCCAAUUCAGAUUCUGAAGAACCUCCGAAUAUGCGGUGACUGCCAUUCGUUUAUGAAAUUCGUCUCCAGUGUCGCCAAGCGCAAAAUCAUUCUCCGAGAUGGAAAUAGGUUCCACCAUUUUCAAGAUGGUUUGUGCUCUUGUGGUGACUAUUGGUGACCAUGGUGGAUGAGCAUUCAGCAGAAACCUUGAUUUAUUCAUAUUUUUCUUUCUUCAUACAGAAUGUUAAUUAGAUUAGGGAUGUAACAAUGAUGGAUUUCUUUCUUGUAUAUUAAUACCUCGAGCUUUAAUACUAUCUGACGGGUUUGUUUACUGUCA